AUGCGUUCAUCAAAAACAGUAAAAUUUCUUGAUACAACAGCAAGCAAUAAUAAUGAAUCUCGUGUUGUUCUUAAUGUUGGUGGAAUGAGAUUUGAAACUCAACGUGCAACAUUAAAAAAACUACCAGCGACACGUCUUUCAAAAUUAACUCCACAAUUAUCAUACUAUGAUCCUGUAUUAAAUGAAUACUUUUUUGAUCGACAUCCUGGAGCUUUUACUCAAAUACUUAAUUAUUAUAGGACAGGAAAAUUGCAUUAUCCGACGAAUGUAUGUGGUCCAUUAUUUGAAGAUGAACUUUCAUUUUGGGGAAUACAAAGAGAAGAAGUUGAACCUUGUUGCUGGAUGACAUAUACAAAAUUUCGAUCAACACAAGAAACUCUUCAAACACUUGAUUCAUUAGAAUUAGAUACAGUUCGAUCGACAGCUGGUGAUAUAGUAAAAAAAUUUGGUUGGCAAAAUGAUUUUCAUUUAGUAACAACGGGUCGUCUAAAAUUACAUCAGCGUAUUAGAUCAAUCAUAUGGCAAAUAUUUGAAGAACCAAGAUCAUCGAAAGCAUCAAAAGUUGUUGCACUUAUUUCAAUAUUCUUUAUUCUUUUAUCGAUAACAACUUUUAUUAUUCGAACAUUACCAAUAUUUGAAAUCAUUGAAUAUGAUUUUAUUGAUGUUUAUGUUGAUGCUAAUACAACUGAAAAAACACCUCUAUAUAAUACACAACGAAAAGAUGCAAUUGCAGGUUUUAACAAUGUCGAAUGGAUUUGUAAUUCUUGGUUUACAUUUGAAAUCGUAUUGCGAUUUAUUGUAGCUCCGUCAAAGAAAGCUUUUAUUGUAUCCAUACUUAAUUGGAUUGAUUUUCUUGGUACAUUUUUAUUCUUUUUUACUUAUAUCUUAUAUGAUGUUUAUAAUUAUGCUGGACAUUAUGCAUUCAUAGAUCUUUUAUCAACAAUACGUGUAGCACGUAUGUUUAAAUUAAUUACUAUGCAUCCACGUUUAAGAGUUAUAACAACUGCACUAUCAUCUUCAACAACAUUAUUAAGUUUAACAAUAUAUUUUUGUUUACUUGCUAUUUUAAUAUCAGGUUCAACAUUAUAUUAUGUUGAACGUUUAAGUAAUCAAUCGGACAGUCAAAUUUUAUCUGUUAUGGAUGGUAUAUGGCUUGCAUUAACAACAAUAACUACAGUUGGUUAUGGUGAUACUGUACCAACAUCACUGUUAGGAAUGAUAGUUGGUGCAAUAACAACAAUAGUUGGUGUCUUACUUAUUGAUUUACCAAUGCCAAUUAUAAAUGAAAUAUUUGAUAAUUUUAAUCGACAUUUAUUAGCAAGACAACAAUUACCUAAACAACGAAGACGUGUAACACCAGCUGUAAUACCAAGAAAAAUUCAGCCACUUAUGCCACCACCAAAUGGACAUACACAUCAACAUAAUCAAUGA